AUAAUGUGUGUGGAUGGGAUGAGGUGCCGGGGGACAGCAGGAAGUGUCUACAGACGGUGAGGUGAUUUACUGGAUGGCAGCAGGAGGAAGGCUGCAUGUGUAUGAACUAGUCAGGUGUUAUGGCGACUACCAGGCUGAGAAAUGAUACGUACAGCGACUACAGCUCGACGGAGGUCAGUCCCAGCGAGGAGAACUCCCCGGGAGCCAGCAACAGCUUUGUCCCAAGAUCCAGGCAGUACGAACGCCUCGACGACCACCAUUCCAGCAGCACGACAUGGUUCCAGACCUUGAUACACUUACUAAAAGGGAACAUUGGAACAGGGCUCCUGGGCCUGCCAUUGGCUGUGAAGAAUGCAGGGAUUGUGUUGGGGCCCCUCAGCUUAGUAGUAAUGGGGAUCAUUGCUGUGCACUGCAUGGACCUCCUGGUUAAGUGUGCCAAUCACUUCUGCCAAAGGGAUCAGAGACCAUUUGUGGACUAUGGAGACGCAGUGAUGUAUGGCAUGGAGUCCACCCCAAGUCAGUGGCUGCGGACACAUUCCAUCUGGGGAAGGAGGAUGGUUGGCUUCUUCUUGAUCCUCACACAGCUUGGAUUCUGCUGUGUCUACUUUGUGUUUCUGGCUGACAAUAUAAAACAGGUGGUGGAAGCAGCCAACUGCACCACCAACGACUGCAGCUCCAAUAAGACCAUCGUCCUAACCGAGAGCAUGGAUUCCAGACUCUACAUACUCUCCUUCCUCCCUUUCCUCAUCUUGCUAGUCUUUAUCCGAAACCUCCGAUACCUGUCCAUCUUCUCUCUGCUUGCAAAUGUGGCCAUGCUGGGCAGCGUCGUCAUGAUCUACCUGUACAUCGGGCAGGAUAUACCAGAUCCGACACAUCUGUCAUAUGCAUCCAGCUGGAGGUCGUACCCCCUCUUCUUCGGCACCGCGAUAUUUGCUUUUGAGGGAAUUGGCGUGAUUCUUCCAUUGGAGAAUAAGAUGAAGAUCCCACAUCAGUUCCCUGUGGUAUUAUAUGUGGGAAUGGCUAUAGUCACUGCCCUGUACAUCAGUAUGGGCACUCUUGGAUACCUGCGCUUUGGAUCGGAUAUAAUGUCCUCUAUAACUCUAAAUUUACCUAAUUGUUGGCUUUACCAAUCUGUGAAACUUCUCUAUUCGUUUGGGAUAUUCAUCACCUUCGCCCUACAGUUUUACGUCGCUGCAGAAAUCAUAGUACCAGCUGUCAUAACCUCAAGAGUUCAAGGCCGUUGUGUGCUGUUUCUGGAUUUAACAACAAGGGCCCUGUUGGUCUGUGUCACGUGUGUCCUUGCUGUUCUUAUUCCUCGGCUGGACUUGAUCAUCACGCUUGUAGGGUCGGUUAGCAGCAGCGCUUUGGCUCUGAUCAUCCCUCCUCUACUGGAGAUUUUCACUUACUAUUCUGAAGGUCUCAGUCGGUGGAUUAUCGCCAAGGACAUCCUGAUCAGUCUGGUGGGGUUCUUGGGCUUCGUGUUCGGGACGUACGUAACUCUGUGGGAGUUGCUGACACCAGAUUCCUUGCCAAGCCAAAAUAUUACUGCUGUGUUUGCGGUACAAUGAGAAACCAGUCGAGUUUGUAGUGUUAUUUUACAUUAUCGGUGCAU